GUGAGCGAUUGUCCCUCAAUUCCAAUAUCUAGUAGAAAUUUAAAAAGGGACUAAUGCACCUAAAAUGUCAAAAUAAAAAAUGCUCCAUAGAGGAUUCCUGCAUUGCAAUAAAAUUGAUUUUCAAAUAAGGAAAUUUGAUUUGAUUUUUAUGAGAUAUAUUGCGACGUAGAAUGACUUGGGGACACAGACUGACUGAAAAUGCCAAUAUUACUGUAUACAAUAAACAUUUUUGAAAAUUACCGAAUUAAACAUAAUUAUUUGUAUUAUUAUUCAUGUUGUAGGAGAUAAAAAGACUCAAGGAAGAAGAUUCUCCUCAACAAAAACAGUUAGAAUUUCAAAAGGCUAAAUCAGGUUGUCGUACUCAAUUGAUAGAACAUUAUCGCAGUGAUGUGCUUAAAGUAUCAGCAAUACCUUUACAACCAGAUGAGGAAAAUUAUAACUUCAGUGAUGCUUAUAUAAGACCCACUAUAACAAAAAAGAUAGAACAGAACAGAGGGGAGUCUGAGGAAAUAGAAAUAAAGUCCAUGUCAGAGAUUUUCACAAAGAACGGGGAUCCACAGAAGUUUAUUUAUGUUGUUGGAGAUGCAGGGUCUGGUAAGAGUAGUUUCUGUAAAUAUUUGAUCAACUGUUGGUGUAUGGCACACAGUGAUGGACACAAUGAAAAUGAUGAGUUUGAUUGUAUAGCACUCAGUGAUGGACAAAAUAAAGUUAAUACAGGGUCUGGUAAGAGUAGUUUCUGUAAAUAUUUGAUCAACUGUUGCUGUAUGGCACACAGUGAUGGACACAAUGAAAAUGAUGAGUUUGAUUGUAUAGCACACAGUGAUGGACACAAUGAAAAUGAUGAAUUUGAUGGAGUCAAGGAAAUGAAAAAAUUUGAUUUUAUGUUUUAUAUUUCUCUUAGACAUAGCAUAAAUAUCCGAAGUAUCCAAGAAAUGCUUGAAAUGCGAUAUGAUAAGAUAAAAAAUUUAAGUAAACUUCUGGAAAAUGAUUCUGAAAAGAUAAUUAUUUUGCUUGAUGGUUUAGAUGAAUGGUCUUUUGACAGUGAGACUAGGAAUGAGUUCCAGGCAGGCCUUCCGGAACGUGACUUUACAAAGAAAUACACCAUUGUUACUACAUCACGGCCAUGGAAAAUUCACAGUUUGAGAGUAAGUAAUAGAGAGAUUCAUCAAUUAUUGAAAUUAAAAGGGUUUGAUAAAACACAUGAAAAAGAAAUGAUUAAGAAAACAAUAACAGCAUUGAACGAAUCAUUAGAUCCUAAUGUGUGUGAACAAAAGCUUAGGAUACCGUCUGUGGUUGGCCUGAAACAGGUACCAAUUAUGCUGCAACAAUUGGUUUGUCUAUGGUGUGAUGGUAAACUCGAUAAAACCUCAAGGUGUGCUAUUUAUACUGGUAUGUUAGAACUUUAUUUCACCUGGAAUAUCAAUAAAACUUUAGGAAAUAAUACAGAAUGUAUGGAAAGUUCUCAGAAUGUUGAACUCCCUCAGUAUUUAACAGAUGUAGAGAUAUGUAGAUUAAAUAGUCAUCUUAUAUAUGGUGUGUCGCACUUGGCUUAUGAGACAUUGUUCAAUUAUCCGAAGGAUAAGUCCUUAACAUUUGACAAAUCUGUGUUUGAUGAUUUGAAAAUAUCACAAGAAGUGCGAGAAACAUGUCUGAAACUGGGAAUUUUGACAGAAGAUAAAUGUCCUUCUUUAUCUGUAUCUAAACCUAAAAGCUCAUUGUUCUCUUUCAUUCACAAAUCAAUGCAAGAAUUUCUGGCUGCAGUGAAUAUUGGUAUCAAUUUUAAGAUAAGAAUAAGUUUGCCAGAUAGUACGCAAACAGAAAAUGUUGAUUUGCAAAGCAAGUGCAUUCAGUUUAUUAAUGAGGUUUUUCAGAAAUGUUCAACAGUAAAUGACAUAUUAGAGCAGUCAAAUGUUAUCAUUAUGCUAUGUGGUCUUGAACCUAGAUUAGCAACACAUGUUUCAAAAUACAUAUAUGAUACUGUGUCAGAAGACUCUCGUGUUCAGGAAUACAGGAGAACAAUAAAUAGUAACAUUUAUAGGGAUCAUCGUUUUAUUACUGAUAUUCAAAAGCUUAUGUUUGAGUCAAUGGAAGAAUUCAAUGCAGCAUGUAGUAAAGGAAAUAAUCCUGUAUUUUAUUUAGGAGAUUUGGUCAUUGAUGAUAGUGAUGAUUGUGAUAUUGUUUGUUCAGGUAUUGACCAGCAUCUAAUUGUUCCUGACUUUGUUCUGUCUAUUAAGGUAGAUAAAAUCAACACAGAAAAUGUUAAAUUCACAAAAUACUUACCAAUGUUUCGUCAUCUUGAAAAAAUUGAAAUAAGAUAUCAAGAUGAGUAUCGAUGGUAUAGUCGAAGUACACAGAGUAAUAAACAGAGGAUUGAUGAGAUAAACAAUUGUGUUUCUGAGACAAUUAAAGUAAAUACUUCAACAUUAAAAUCUCUGUAUCUUCAUGUCUCUUACACUGACAAGUAUAACCCAAUGCAUAUAACAGUUGUUAGUAACCUACCUAGUAUGAUCAAUCUUGUAGCAUUAAGUAUGGAAAAUAAAACAAUGAGUCAUGAUGAUACUACUACAUUUUGUAAUUUUCUUGAGGGAACCAGUCAUCUUGAACAAAUACAUCUUAGGAUUGUUAAAUGUGAGUGUAAGAACCAGCAUGAUGUAAAUUUAUCAAAACAUCAACAACUUCAGUACCUUUAUUUGGAUAAUGCUGUUAGUUUAAUUGUAGAUGCUGAUACUAGAAACCUUGAAAUAUUUGAAUUUUAUUAUUUGAAAGAUAGUAAUUAUGAGAAAAUAUUUGAUAUUGUGAGAAAAUCUUACAAAUUAAAAGAACUUAAAUUGCAUGGAGAUUAUUACAAUAAAUCUCAAUUUUAUCAUACCAACAUAACAAAGAGACUUGUCACAGUAUUACCAUUGUUACACAAUCUCAGUAAGCUUAAGUUAUGGUGGUGUAGGUUAACUGACAAUAUAAUACAGUCACCUUUAGAGAUGAGUAGUUUAAAGGACAUUCAGCUUGUUGGUGUCACAAUGAGUUUGACAACAUGGCAGAAGUUUGUUGAUAGUCUUCCUAGUAUUCCUCAUACUGUAGAUGUGAGUGUAGCUGACUGUUAUAUAACAGGAGAUGGGGAGGAGUUUAAUGAUGAUAUGUAUUGGUUUGGAUUGAUAUCAGGAGAAGGACUUAGAGGAGGGAAGGGAAAUGAUGCUAAACAGUAUGUAAAAGAUCAGUUAUUUCACAUUAAACGGAAUUAUGGUUCGUUUGACUUUUCAACAAAAAAGUGAUAUAGGAUACAUGUAGUUAAAAUAGUGUUUAAAUUAGUGCAUGUUAAAAGAGAAGAUUUUUUUUUUCAUUUUUGACCAAAAAAAAAAUGAUCCGAAUUUUUUAACAUAGUGAGGGAGUACACAUGCAGUUAACAUAGUGCUUGAUCUCAAUUAUUUCGUGAUAAAAAGACAUAAUUAUUUAAAUAAACAUUGUCAGCAAAAAAAAUAAUACGAUAUGUUAAAUAAUGAAUGUAGUGCAAUAUGAUAGAUAACAAUCAUCAAAAACAGUUGAACUGAAAUAUUCAGGGCAGAAGAAGUGAAUGAUUAAUGUAACUGAAUAAAUAAAUAUCUGUUAUAUGAUAUAUUGGACAAUGUAAUGAUUAUAAACAAAUACUAGUUCUACAAUAUAUAGGACAGGUGAAUUAUAUAUAUUGAUACCAGUUGAAUGGUGUAUAGGAUAAUGGAAUGUUAUAAAUAAAUACCGGUUAUACAAUAUAUAGGACAGGGGAAUAUAUAAAUACCAGUUAUAUGAUAUAUAGGGAAAGUGAAUGAUAUUUAUAAAUACCAAAUAUGAUAUAUAGGACAAAUAUUGAUAAAAUUUAAAUACCAGUUAUAUGAUAUAUAGGACAAUGUAUUGGUAUAAGCAAAAUUUAUACUAG